AUGGCUAAAUCUAGCGACUAUAAUGGUUUGAAUCCUGUAGUAGUGCAGGCGUUAAACAAUCUGCAAUAUAGGUAUAGUGGUGAAACACCAGAAAUAUGGUGUUCCCGUAUGAUUGAAAGAUCAUAUAAAGAUGGGGAAUUUAAAGCUGGGAGACGCUCAUUUCAUAUUUAUUGCACUGUAUGCGACUCCUUGGUAAUUAUUAACGAAAAUACCAUAGAAUGUGCUAAUAAGCAUCUGAAUGAAUGUAUUACUAAAUCCACUAAAAAGAAUCUUGCAUAUUCUAAUCCUAUACGAAAGAAUGUGAAAAAAAGAGGAGCGCUAAGCCGAAAGAGUGUAUCAUCACUCAGUUCUGAUAGAGUUGAUGAGAUUUAUCUAACAUAUUGUUUUAUAUUCAAAAAAGGCUUGAAUAAUUAUACUUAUGAACAUUCAAAUGAAAUUAAGAAAAGGAUUGUAAAUCGCUUAAUUAAUAAUGUAAGAGUUAUCCAACAGGCUUGGAGGAGUUACAAGAAGAGACCUGCAUCAUUCGCAUCUCAAAUUUGGAAUGAGCUGAGAAAUGAUGGUACUACUGAUGAGGAAAAGUUUUUAGGUGGCGAUUGGGUAAAAGAUAAGAAAAUUCAAUUAUUUGUAAGAUUCCACAAAGUAUCAGUAAAAAUGAUUGAAAUUUCUGAAUAUUAUCAUAGACAGGUAACUGCUUAUCCGAAUAAACUACGUGAUGAAAUUAUCCGGUUAGCAUAUUCGCAUUUUGGACUGGAUAAUUAUAUUGGAAUGAAUGUAUGUGUAUAACAGUAUAAGGGAAUACAUCUCAUGUGACUCUCUGACAAAAUUCCCAGCUCUUAUCCAGUUGUAUAAUGUGACUAGAUAUGAAUAAUAAUUGUGAAUGAAUUUUCCAGAUUAGUCCUUAACCCAGAUCCUG